UAUAACACUUUGGCUGUCGCUGUUGCAGAUUUCCCGAGUGCAGUGAAACGACUUUUGAAGAACGACAUACUGAUGUUUAGAACAGCGAGUAGCGUGCUGCACAUCUUGCCGAUCGCCGGUCUUUACACCUUCCUGCCGAAGUACCUCGAGAGCCAAUUUCGUCUGCCGGCUCAUCAUGCGAACAUGAUCUCAGGUGUUGGCGGCAUCCUAGUUAUGGGAUUGGGUAUUAUAAUUAGUGGCGUAUUUAUCUUGAGAGCGAAGCCCAACGCGAGGUUCGUCGCAGCCUGGAUCGCCUUCACUGCGGUCGUUUACGCGAUCGGCAUGAGCGUAUUGAUGUUCAUUGGUUGUCCGAUGGACGAUUUCGCAGGGCUUGUGUCACAUCCCGACGGACUUUCCAGCUUCGAGCCGACCUGUGAGGCUACCUGCGGCUGCGACCGAAAUAAGUUCAGUCCAAUCUGCGGCGCGGAUGGUAGAACGUAUUUCUCCGCGUGUCACGCAGGCUGCUCGAAUUAUACGGUCUCCGACGGCAAAGUGGAAUCGUUUUAUAACUGUCAAUGCAUCGGACAGAACCUCACGGUACCGGAAGCAGUCAUCAGCACGGCGACGAUCGGUUACUGUAAACUCGAGUGCAGCAACUUUUGGGUUUAUAUGAUCCUGUUUUCGGUCUUCGUUUUUAUCCAUUCGACUAGCGAGGUAGGCUCCAUGUUGCUCAUUCUGCGAUGCGUGGAUCCCAGGGACAAGGCCAUGGCGCUCGGUCUGAUACAGUUCGCCAUCGGUUUGUUCGGUAAUGUCCCAUGUCCUAUCGUUUAUGGUGCUGUGGUGGAUUCCGCUUGUCUCGUAUGGGAAUACGCUUGCGGUGAGCGAGGCGCCUGCUGGCUUUACGAUUCGAAUGUAUUUAGAAUGUUCUAUCAUGGUACAACGGGUGGUAUCCUCGUGUUGGCCUUCGUGGUGGAUAUAGUCGUCUGGUACAAGGCCGGGAGCAUAAGCUUCGUGGAGGAGCAGGAGGGCGAGGAAGGCACCGCGGAGGAAAUGGCGACGUUAAAAUCGCAGGACGCUCAGACGGUCGAGAAUGACUAUUUGUGAAGGUUUCGCAUUACUCUUUGCGGUGAACGGGUCGUGGCCGAUGCGUCGUCGUCAUCGUCAUCUAAGGACUCAGUGCAGUGUCGUAGGAUACAUGGGGGCGUCGUCGUUCUUCGCGAAAGGUAUACCGGUAUAGAUCGCCCGGUGUAUUCCCGGGGACGCGGCGAAGGAUCGACUUGACGUUUACAGGUCAAGACGGAUCUUCUCUCGAAUGAGUUCGUAUCGACGGAAGUCUAGUCUCUUUUUUCUCCUCGACGAUAGAGGAGACGCCUCUCAGGACAAUCAACACUGGUCGUGACGCGAAUUGUUUUCAAUGUCCGCGCGCGCGGACUCGAAAAUUAUGAGAAGACUGGCUGAAGUAGGUGAAUGACUUGAACGAUUUCGAUUCGGUUACUCGCGAGAGAAUCGCGAUAGUUGAUUAAGGAAGAAACGGAUACGAUUGCGAAGUUGGAAGAAUAAAUUCGGAAGAUCAUGACUCGAUUACAACGAGCAAGAAGAAGGAUCGCAUGGCUCUUUUGCGGAGCAAGCACGUUACACGAAGACGAUGCCGACUGUUACAUCGUGAGGUAUUCUUGUAAGCGCAUAGAAAAACAGUUUUCGAGUUAACUCGGCAGUAUCAUCAGCCUCGGACAUGCUGAGGAAUCGUGACAAAAGGAGAACGAUAAAAGUAAUCGUGCGCGACAAGAGCGAACAAGAGCGAUGUGUGAUAUAAGUCUCGGAAAAAGGAGUUAUGUAGUAAGGUUUCUCUCUCAGGGAGGCUGUCAGUAAGUACACACGCAAUAUAAAAAAGUAAUACUUCCGUGCCUACGAAACGACGGUGCUUGCGGCGAGCACGCAGGAUCCGCUUCGACGGAUCCGAAAAAUCGAAUCGAAUCAAACCACACGGGCGGCCUCGCGGAUGAACGCGAUUCGCGAUAGUGAGGGAUUGCAUCGUGCGUUGCGCACCGGUGUUGAUUAGUAUACGACAGCGUUCUCGUUGCUAACGUUAUCUAACGGUAACAUUUACCGUGACGCAAAAGGAAACGCGGGACACUGCGUGUCUUAAUAUAAAAGAAAUCUUUCUUAAGUUUAAUAAAUUAGAAUUUUGUUACAGAAGGCUCGAAUAAGAAAGCAGCGCUGAAGAAUCUUUUAUUAUUCCAAAAUUGCAACAGCAAUAAGAAAAAAAGAUUUAUUGUAUGUAUGUGUGUGUACACAUCACACAAUUAUCUUCUGUUAUAAAUUUUU